AUGGCAGACUCAUCAGAACCAAACCCCUUCCUUGUAUUUGCCACUGUUGCUACAAUCAUAAUCUCAGUAGUUAGCUACUACUUUUUCCAAUUAUCAAAAAGAAACCAUUCCAAACCAGCAUUACUCCCAGAUCAAUUCCAAAAAUUCCCAUUGCUCAGCAUUACUAAAGUUUCACACAACUCGGCAGUUUAUAGAUUUGGAUUACCAAGACCCACUGACACUUUGAACUUGCCAAUUGGACAACACAUUUCUAUUGGUGCUAUUAUUGAUGGUAAGGAAAUUGUUAGAUCAUAUACUCCAAUCUCGACUAGUGAUCAAAAGGGGCACUUUGACUUAUUGAUCAAGACAUAUGAAAAUGGUAAUAUUUCCAAGCAUGUUGCUCUGAAGAAGGUUGGUGAUUUUGUUGAAAUUAGAGGACCAAAGGGGUUCUUCACCCAUACACCAAAUAUGAAAAAGACAUUUGGUAUGAUUGCCGGUGGUACUGGUAUUGCACCAAUGUAUCAAAUCAUCACUGCUAUUUUGAACAACCCAGAAGAUAAUAUCAAGAUCUCGUUACUUUAUGCCAAUGUCACCGAAGAUGAUAUUUUGUUGAGAAAGGAAUUGGAAACAUAUGCUGCUAAACAUCCAGAUAGAUUGAAGAUUCAUUAUGUUUUGAACCAGCCACCAGCCAACUGGGAAUACUCUACUGGAUUUGUCACCCCAGAAUUGAUUGAGAAGCAUUUACCCAAACCUUCUGAUGACACCACGUUGUUGUUAUGUGGACCGCCACCAAUGAUUAGUGCUAUGAAGAAGGCGGCUCAUUCCUUGGGUUACGAAAAGGCUAAACCAGUAUCCAAGUUGGGAGAUCAAGUGUUUGUAUUUUAG